ACCACGGACUUAAGAUGGCGAAUAUAAUUCCGUUGUUUUACUUUUUAUAUGUUACAAGUUGUCUAAUUUGUUUCCUGCUAUAAUUUAUAAACAUCGUUAUAAAUGAAGACGGACAAACGAUCGAUAUACUCCGACGCGCCGUUAUGUAUCAAGGUUGUGCCAGAUCACGUGUGCGUUGUACGCGUCCUUGGUUCUGGUUGAUUUCCCCGGGGUUUUCCCGCGGCGAACUACACACAGGUAACACUGAUUCCAGUUUGAUUGGAGUCGACAGCGUGUUGACAACCCGCGUACAGACCAGACAUUGCCUGUGUAGGUCGGAUUUACUGUGAGAAUGCCAAUACGAGGGGGGAGGCGAGGUCGGCGGGUGAUGGACGAGGAAGAGCCCCUCCCUGAGGAGGUGGAGAUGGAGGAAAACUUGAGGAGGGAGCUACAAAACAAAUUCAAGCCCAUGUUUGAUGAGCAUGGACGUGAAGGAUUGCCCCUCAAAAACCUUCGGGAUGAGUUGAUAGACGAGGGCAUCACAGAGCAUAUUCCUGAUGAUAGAGUCCGGGAACUGCUGGUGAGGGCAGAUGGAGACGGUGACGCCCACAUCACAUACAAGGAGUUCAUGGAAAUGAUGACCCGUGACUUGACCAAAGCAGAGAGAUCUGCAUUUAGAAGCGUUCUUAGGGAUGCCAUCGCAGAUAUCUUGCCUAAACACAUGCGGGAGGAUUUCAUAGCCAACUACACCUGUUGUCCACCUCCAAUCUUCAUGAUCACCAUCAGUUUAGUGGAGAUCAUUAUAUUUGUGGUGUAUGCCAUGGAGCUAAAAGACACCAGUAAUCCAGUAACGGCUAACUCAGGUGUUCCUACGUACAGCCCACUGAUCUACCUGCCUAAGAGGAGAUACGAGGCAUGGCGAUUCAUUACAUACAUGUUCAUACACCAAGGGUACCUCCACAUCGUCUCCAACCUCGUUUUCCAACUUCUGCUCGGUCUGCCUCUGGAAAUGGUCAACAAGUUCUGGAGGAUUCUUGUCAUUUAUGUUCUGGGUGUCAUAGCUGGAUCCCUAGCCCACUCUGUGACGGAUCACGAUGUUGCGUUGGCGGGAGCUAGUGGAGGCUGCUAUGCUCUGAUUGGUGCUCACAUAGCUUCUGUGAUUGUGAACUGGAAGGAGAUGAACUAUAAGUGUUUUGAGGGCAGUAUCUGCCGGUUCCUCCUCAGUGCCCCGGUCAGACUGACGUUGCUCCUCACAUUCUCCAUCCUAGAUACAGGCAAUGCAGUGUAUAGAAGGUUUUUUGAUGCCAAUGCUACAACGAAGAUUGGAAUUUCGGCACAUAUCGGGGGACUGUUGGCAGGUCUUCUUCUGGGAAUCCCAAUCCUGCGAAACAUCAAAGAAUUGCCGUGGGAGAAGACCUUAGGCUGGGUUACCUUAGCUAUAUACCUGUUGUUUGUGUCUUUCGCCAUGUUUUUCAAUGGUUUGUACCCUGGCUACCCCGAUACAGACUGGACACCGCUGUAGUGAAGGAGCUGUAGGACUGGUGUAUGGAGUCUAUAGCUUUAGGUAUAACAGUCCUGGUAAAACUGCAUUCAGUUUGACAUUCUCUCUCAUCAAAAUACCAGAAAUGAUACAUUUCCAAUGAAAAUUAUAUAUCUUAUUGAGAUAUUUCUGUUUAGUACUGAAUGAAAUGAAUGAAAUACUCGCACUGUAUGUUAACUUACUACUCCGAUAUGUUUUGAUGUUAAAUCAUAGUUGGUGCACUACACCAUUGUCUGAGACUUUGCUUACCACCUAAGCAAUCCUCAUAAAGGGCUGUAUGCAGAAUGAUGUCAAGCUAUAUAUGUCUUACUUAUAGACUGUACUCAUUUCUUAUAGAGGGUGAUUUGGGUUUUAUUGGAAUUUUUAGGAACCGACAGUGUGCAAUACAUCUUGUGCUUGAACAGCACUGGAUAUAGUUCUGUGACAAUUUUUGGCUUGAGGGAGAGGGGGUCUUGUCUGUGAAUAAAAAGAAGCUGGGGGUGGCUGGGGAGGAGACCUGUGACCUAUUGGGGGAGGGCUGUGAUUUAUUAGGGAGGAGUCUUGUGACCUAUUGGGGGAGGGCUGUGAUUUAUUAGGGAGUAGUCUUGUUACCUAUUUUGUUAGAUGUCUGUCACAUACUGGAGAGGAGUCUGUAGCCUAUGAUGGGAGGGGUCCGACCUAUUAGGGGUCUUGUAAACUGUUGGGGGAAAGUCCAGUCUUUUCAGUAGGAAGUUUGUAAUUCUGUCACCUGAAAGCCAGAUUGAUCCAAUUAUGAGUGUCUCAGUAGGUGUUUACAUUUGAAAUGCUCAGACAGCAUACUUAAUGUUACUGUAACUUUAUUCUAAGGUGUGGAGCAGAUGACAGAAAGUGCUAGUUGUAAUAUAGAUUUGUGUACUAUGUUACUGAUACUUUGUUAUCUAAUAGUUGUAUCGAGGGACACUCUAAUAUUAACAAGUGUUGGAUCAUUCUCUCCAACUGCCUCAGGUUCACUAAUUUGUAUACCGUGAACUCACUCUGUGAUUAUGUUUUUUUUUUACUAGAUUUAACCCUUCUUUUAAAAUGGUGACGCCCAUAUAAAUAUAGUGAUAUUUUUCUGAGAAUUUGAAAUCUAGUUCUAACUACUGACUUAUAUCUGAAACAGCUAAUUUAGACAUUGAUGUGGUAUGUGUAAUUUUCAUAUGUACAAUACAUACAAAAAAAAUAAUGUAAUAGCAAUUGCUUGUCAAAAUUUAUGGUUAUCUAUUAUUGAAAUGAAAUUUUGAUGAGUGCUCCAUGCAUUCACUAAACUUGUCCAUUAUAAAUGUAUCGAGUGACACUUGGCUGAAGACUAGUGGAUGCUUGCUCAAAUCAUUACAAUCACUGAAGAAGCCAUUAAACACUGUUUUGUACAUGGUGGAAUCUUUACUGAAAUGUCCCCAUUCAGCACUGGUACUGAUACCAGUGUAGAAGGGACUGAGUGAGCUGAGUGGAGAACAGCUUAGAGCAUGGUUAGGCUGUAUACAGUAUAUAUACAUAUCAAACACAUACUUCAUUAGCUAGCUUAGCAUUAUUGUAGCUUAAUAAAGCAACGCUCCUGUAGUGUUCAAUGUUUCUCUGUCACUAACUCGUCUCACAUACCACAGUCGACCAUUCAUCAUUCUUGAUGUUUGUUCAUCUUGCCAGUUAUUUAUACAUUCAGGAUGUAAAUUUGGUAUUGUUUUAAAACCACGUGCCAGAAUAUCAAAAAGGAUUAGGAUCUUCAAUCAAGGCCAUUGGGAGAUCAUCAACUUGUCUUGGUGCUCUGAUUUAAUCAUCACAUCACAUUGAAUAUCUGUAUGAAUUUUGUUUAAUUGAAUUGAAUGUAUCAGUUAGUGGAUGUAUUUGAUCAGAUAUGUAGUUUGUAUAAAUUGUAUAUAUACCAGUGCAUAGUUGUAUAUAGUUUUAAAAUUACCUUUCUUACAAAUUGUCUCGCUAUUUAAAAAAAAAAUAUAUAUAAUGUAUGACAUGUUAUAAUGCUAUAUUUGUAUUUUCUGCUGCAGUCUAAGUCACAUGUUUACCCAGCCUCAGUACCCGUACCUUUAUGUCAAAGAUGGGAUUUAUUUCUGGUAAUGGUAUAUAAAUAUAUUUAUAUUAUUUUCUCCAAAUAAACCACCUCUUACACUCGUACUCGCAACUAGAUAUCAUUGGGAUGGUCAUACGAUGUCCACGUUGCCCUUCUGUGUUUGAUUGUCUUUGUUAUAUUGGAAAAUAUCAGGCGAACCGUUGAUCAUGAAUCAAGUGGAUUAUAUCGUUAUGUUAAUUGUCAAAUAGAUUUGUAAUAUGAUAUCAAACGUUAGGAUAAUAAAAACGGUUUAAAAUAUGUAAUGUGCGGAUAAAUUUUAUGAGAUAAUUUCUACCUAAUCACACUUUGGGAUAGUCACCCAUGAUUGCUGUUGUGUAUGAAGUAUACAAUCCUAGAAAAAUCAUCUGUUGAUUGAACCCCAGAAUAUGAAACAUUUUUAGAUUUAGUUCAAAUAUUCAGAAUUGAUAGAAUAAAACGUCUAAUUUAGCGAAAAAAAUGUAUAUUUGUAUGAUGUGGGUGAACAUUUAUAAAUUACACAUCAUGAAACCGAAAAACAAAACUGAAUUUUGAACUUGACUGUAAAGUAUUGCAUGAGCUUGGGGGCCUUAUGUCCGUCACAUGUUCUUAAAAUAUUGAUCAAUUUUUAGUAGAUUUAUUUACGUUUUUCAUGUUUUAUGCAAUUGAUAUUUCUAUAUGUGUGAAAAUCUCAUUAAAUGAGACUUUGCCCUCUUGUGGAGCUUGUAAAAUAUUAUACAUAAGGAUAUGGUAUUCUUUUACUGUUGUGGAACUUUUAGAAUAAUGUUGAUAGGAUGGAUGUGAUGUAACUUUUUAACAGUUAUAAAAUUGAUAAGGACAUUGUGUUAUUUUUACUGUUCUAGAGCCUGUAAAAUGAUAUGGCUAUGUUAGAUUUGUUUAAUUGUUAUGGGGUAAUUUGGUGUAACUAACCUACUGUUGUAUCAUGCUAUAUUGUAAUUAAGAGAAUGUUUUAAGGUUUGUUUUUCACUGCAAUAUCUUCCAUCACGUUACAAUAUAUUUUUACAAGUCUUUUUUAUAAUAAAUGCUUCAAUCACGUA